UAUGUUAGUUUCAUUUGGUGUUGUGGCUUGGUACAUCGCGAGAUCUUUCCUCAGCAAUUGAUUCAUCAAAAUUGACACAAACAAUAGAAAAAUCUAUAAAAUGCCAACUGCAGAUAAGAGGAAAGGUGACGAGAUUCUUGCUCUCGUACCCGCAUCAAAGAGGACAAAGAAUGAAGUGGUGUUUAGUAGCAGAGAAAAGGCUGUUAUUCAGAAUGGUCCACCACGAACUUCCGCCUUAAUUGCACCGAUAAUGCUUUUGGAGGGUCAUCAGGGUGAUAUUUUUUCAUUGGAAUUUCACCCGGAAGGACAGUAUCUCGUGUCUACAGGUUUUGACAGGCAAAUUUUUAUUUGGAAUGUCUACGGUGAAUGCGAAAAUAUUGGAGCAAUGUCUGGUCAUAGUGGUGCAGUGAUGGAGAUCCACUUCAGUUCUGAUGGAAAUCUUUUAUAUUCAGCCAGUACUGACAUGACACUGGGAUUGUGGGAUAUAAUAGCAGGAACGAGAAUAAAAAAACUCAAAGGUCAUACGUCUUUUGUUAAUUCAGUUUCUGGUGCACGCAGAGGACCAACGCAAUUGUGCUCGGGAAGUGAUGACAGUACAAUUAGAAUUUGGGAUCCACGAAAAAGAGGACAAUGUUAUACUUUAAAUAAUACCUAUCAGGUAACAGCAGUCACAUUCAAUGAUACAGCUGAGCAAGUCAUUAGCGGUGGAAUUGACAAUGACAUCAAAGUAUGGGAUUUACGAAAAAAUUCAGUUCUGUACAAAUUGAAAGGUCACUCCGAUACUGUCACUGGCAUCAGCUUGAGUCCAGAUGGCUCGUACGUACUAUCAAAUUCCAUGGAUAAUACUUUGAGAAUUUGGGAUGUUCGGCCAUUUGCACCAUACGAAAGAUGUGUUAAAAUGUUGUCUGGUCAUCAACACAAUUUUGAAAAGAAUUUGUUGAGGUGUGCUUGGUCUCCAGACGGUAGUAAAGUCUCAUCGGGUUCCUCUGAUCGAUUCCACUAUAUUUGGGACACAACGAGCAGACGAGUUUUGUACAAAUUGCCCGGUCACAACGGAUCUGUCAACGAUGUAGACUUCCACCCGAAAGAACCCAUUGUUUGCUCUGGAUCGAGUGAUAAACAAAUAUAUUUGGGAGAAAUUGAGGCAUGAAUUGAUCAAUGAGAGAGAUAUGUGUGGGAUUUUGCAGAUAGAGAUACGUGGAAGGACUGCGAAUAUUUCAGGGACGUGAUGAAAUAAAUUAGAAUCUUUAUAAGAA